AUGUCAUCUGGAUUAAGUUAUAGCCCUUUGAGAUGUAGCCUUGGCUUGCCUGCAAGAGGUCUUGGGUCGCACAAGAAGCAAGUUAUGUUGUUUCAUAAUCUUGGCGUGUCCGUGGAUCAACUCUGUCUGCAAAGAAAUGGUUUGGUUUCAACAACAUGGAGACAUAAGCAAAUCGCUCCUUGCGUGAAAUGUGCAAUGGAUUCAACCUUUGGCGAUGCUGCUAAUGAUUCGACUGCUAUAUUUCCUCGAAUCCACGUGCGAGACCCUUACAAGCGGCUCGGAAUCAGCCGGGAAGCCUCUGAAGAUGAGAUCCAAUCCGCUCGGAGUUUCCUGAUACGAACGCGAAUCAGAUGGGGGAGGUCCCCGGCGUUUCCCAUGAAGCGCUCCUCGACGGGCUCUAGGGAGGUGGCGACCACUGCGAGGUGGUUGCCAGGUGGAGGGCGAAAAUGGGUCUGUGUCUCUUUUAGUGGAUUGUGGCAUUAA